CACCUACAGUCCAGCAGUCCAAGAUACAAAUUCAACUUCAUAGCAGAUGUGGUGGAAAAGAUUGCACCUGCAGUUGUGCACAUUGAACUAUUCCUCAGGCAUCCUCUCUUUGGCCGAAAUGUCCCACUUUCCAGUGGCUCUGGGUUUAUUAUGUCUGAUUCUGGUUUAAUUGUGACCAAUGCCCACGUGGUGUCAAGCACCAAUGCUAUAUCAGGGAGACAGCAAUUGAAAGUGCAGCUGCAGAAUGGAGAUACCUAUGAAGCAACCAUCAAAGACAUUGACAAGAAAUCUGACAUUGCAACAAUAAAAAUUCACCCUAAGAAAAAACUACCAGUACUGUUACUGGGACACUCUGCUGAUCUGAGGCCAGGAGAAUUUGUGGUGGCGAUUGGAAGUCCGUUUGCCUUACAGAACACUGUGACAACAGGUAUUGUCAGCACUGCUCAGCGAGAUGGCAAAGAACUUGGCCUGCGGGACUCGGAUAUGGAUUACAUUCAGACAGAUGCUAUUAUCAAUUAUGGCAACUCUGGAGGACCUCUAGUUAAUCUGGAUGGUGAAGUGAUUGGGAUUAACACCUUGAAGGUCACAGCUGGAAUUUCUUUUGCUAUUCCUUCAGACCGCAUCACUCAGUUUCUCACAGAGUCACAUGACAAACAAAGUAAAGAUGGGAAGAAACGUUUCAUUGGUAUCAGAAUGCUGACAAUAACACCUGCCUUGGUGGAAGAACUGAAACACAAUAAUGCAGAUUUUCCUGAUGUCAGAAGUGGAAUUUAUGUACAUGAAGUUGUUCCAAACUCACCUUCUCAUAGAGGAGGGAUCCAAGAUGGAGAUAUUAUUGUUAAAGUCAAUGGACGUCCUUUGAUGACUUCCAGUGACCUGCAAGAGGCUGUGAUGAAUGAAUCACCUCUACUACUUGAAGUUCGAAGAGGAAAUGAUGACUUGCUAUUUAACAUUGAGCCUGAAGUUGUCAUGUAAAUAGAAUUGGGGAAGCUCUCACCAUAAUUAAACUCACUUAUUCUGGAACACUAGAUACCUCCUUUACAGCUACAGUAAUUAUACUUCCUGUUGACUAAUGACAAGGUGGACUAACUUAAUUGCCUGAGCCAUUUCUGUACAUAGUAGCUAGAAUGAAUUCAAUUAUGCCAUUUAUAGAAGAUUUAUCUUUCAAAUAAAUUUAAGAACUGUGUUCUGGAGAGGAGGAAAACAAAUUUUGGGUAGCUGGUAAAACUGGGGUCCGCUUCCAGUUCCUGCAGGUUCAGAGCAGAUUCAAUUCUGCAUUUUGAAAGACCAAAAUACUACUGGAAGUGAGGAAGCAUGCCAAAAGGGGAAAUUAUUCUUAAACUACGGUCAUGGCUGCAGCAGAACCAAGCUAUUGAAAUGCACAAAUGAGCUUUUUUUUAUGGAACUUUUUCAAUGUGAAACUAGUAUUGGCGAAGCUUGUGUUUGUUCUUAGUGCUUUUAUGCUACAUGUCAAUGCAGGUAGAUUAAAUCUGUAAAUAUCGAAAGGAACAAAAAUGGUAUCAGGCUAUAGAGUGUUACACCUAGGUCAUGCGAUUUUGGAAUAUAGUAAAUGAUUCUUAUAGAAUUAAUGCCUUAUUAUAUAUAAAUCAAAACGAUGUGCUGAACAAAGUUAAGUUUGAGAAAGUGCACAGUUUUUUAAGAAUUUGAUACAAAAUAGUUUUGCAUUUUGCUGGUUAGCUUUGCUGUAAAAUUGUUAUACUACUUUUGGCUUGUACUAUGUAUGUUUCUACUGUAAGGAAAUUAAAGUUUACACAAAUAAUGUGUUGGUG